AUGUCAGCAACCACCAACAAAGCACUGGAGCCAGAAGACACCCUGAAUGGCGCCGGUCGCUACGAUCCAAACUUCACAAGCCAUGUCAUUUCCUCCAUCGGUCCUAACACCGACCCUCGCCUCCGCAAAGUCAUGACUUCUCUAAUCAAGCACGUCCACGACUUUGCACGCGAAGUCGAUCUCACAGUAGACGAAUGGAUGGCAGGCGUAGACAUGAUCAACCGCGCUGGUCAAAUGUCCACCGACCGCCGCAAUGAAGGUCAACUUCUCUGCGACGUCAUUGGUCUGGAAAGUCUGGUCGAUGAGAUCACAUUCAAAGCUGCUGCAGACGCUAAAGAUGCAGUUACCCAAAGUGCGAUUCUGGGUCCAUUUUUCAGACAUGAUGCGCCGUUGAGAAACAAGGGCGAUACUAUCUCUUUUGAUACGCCCAAGGAUGCAGAGGUUGCGUAUAUGCAUGGUGUGGUUUACGAUGCUGUUACCAAGAAACCAGUAGAAGGAGCGGAAAUUGAUGUCUGGCAAGCUUCCACCAAUGGAUUGUAUGAGCAACAGGAUCCUGCACAGCAAGAACACAACCUGCGUGGAAAGUUCAGAACCGGCAAGGAUGGAAGUUAUGGCUUUUAUUGCAUUCGACCUACGCCUUACCCGGUCCCUGAUGAUGGUCCUGCCGGUGAACUGUUGAAGAAGCUGGAUAGACACCCCUUCAGACCGGCACAUAUUCAUUUGAUCGUCAUCAGACAAGGUUACAAACCAAUUACAACACAGAUCUUUGAUGCAGAUUCCAAGUAUCUGGACAACGAUUCAGUCUUUGCGGUCAAGGAUUCUUUGGUAGUCAAGUUUGAGCCCCGACAAGGAGAUGAGAAAGCUGGACUGGAGUUGAAGUACGAUAUUCUGCUUGGAUCUACUGAGUAA